GGCCGGGCUCGGUGGGCCGGGCUCGUCCCUCGCGGAGUGCGCUGCCCUGACAGCUGCCCCCGUCCCGCGCUCCGCUACUGCCGAGCCUUCCCUGAGACUACAGCUCCCGGCUUCCCUUCUGGCACUACUACUGUUUCCUGGGCGGGGCGGGGCGGUCGCGCUCUCUUAUUGGGGGCUGUGGGAAUGGACGUAGCGCUGGGACAAUCGCUGCCGAGCUGCGGCGGGCCGCCCUGGGGAAGCCGCCCAAUGAGAGUGGGCAGGGGGCGGGCCGCAGGGGCGGCGGCAGCGGCGAGCGGCCGGGUAGAGCCGAGGCGAGCCGAGCUCAACCAAACCAAACCAAACCAAACCUAACGGCCCAAUUCUCGCCCCCGCGCGCUCCAUGGCGACCGCUGCCCGCGACCCCAUCUCUACUGCCCGCCUCGACGAGGCGGACGAGGCGGUCCGGGGCACGUGCGAGGACGCGUCCGUCUGCAAACGGUUUGCUGUAAGUGUUGGCUAUUGGAAGGACCCUUACAUCCAGUAUUUUGUGAGGCAAGCCAAAGAAAGAAAAGCACCUGAAAUCAAUAGAGGCUAUUAUGCUCGUGUUCACGGAGUCAGUUAUCUGAUUAAUGCUUUUCUAAAGAAGACAGAAUGCAACUGUCAGAUUGUUAAUCUUGGUGCUGGAAUGGACACCCUGUUUUGGAGAUUAAAGGAUGAAAAUCUUCUCCCUACAAAAUAUUUUGAAGUGGAUUUUCCAAUGAUAGUUGCAAGGAAAAUACAUAAUAUCAAAUCAAAACCUCCCCUGUCAAAACCAAUUAUAGAAUCCCAUUCAGGGGACUCUCUUCUAAUAGAUUCUCACAGCCUAGAUUCCAGUCGGUAUUCCAUAGUAGGAGCAGAUCUCCGUUUCUCGUCAGAGCUGGAAGAAAAACUAAAGAAACAUAACCUGGAUACACAUUUGCCAACGCUUCUGGUGGCGGAGUGUGUGCUGGUUUACAUGACACCGCAGCAAUCUGCGAAUCUUUUGAAGUGGGCAGCAAGCACUUUUCCAGUGGCGAUGUUUAUAAAUUAUGAGCAGGUGAAUAUGACGGACCGGUUUGGACAGAUCAUGAUUGAGAACUUGCAGAGACGACAGUGCAACCUGGCUGGAGUGGAAGUUUGCAGAUCCUUAGACUCUCAGAGAGAACGAUUGCUGCUAAAUGGCUGGGAAACUGCACAUGCCAUUGAUAUGAUGAAAGUGUACAGCUUUUUGCCACAGGCUGACGUCAAAAGAAUAGAAGGACUGGAAUUCCUAGAUGAAAAGGAACUGUUUGAACAACUAAUGCAGCACUACUGCAUCUGCUGGGCUUCAAAGGACAGCAGUAAUCUGGGUCUUGCAAACAUCACCUUCUAGUGCCCUUGCUGGAGAGAAGCUGUGGUCCCAGGAGGCACAGCAGCUGCCUUGUGCUUGGGAGAGGAUUACAGAGGUGAUGGGACUUUGCAACGUGCCACCUUUGGUCCGUGCACCUGUGUGAGUGUGGAGGGCGAUGGGAUGCUGCUGGCGCCAACCGACCUCUUGGCUUUUGGUACUUGGAAUGAAUCUGUUUUUGCCUGUUGUGAGCAAUUGUUAGGAGGCAAGACUUGCCUCCUAUUCCCAGAUAUAUAGUGACAGGCUCUCGUAAGAUAUCACUGAUUCCUGUUUUAAAGCUUGCCUUCUUUAGUUUAAAACUGAAACUAAAGUGUUGUUGGGUUGUAUGAUUUUCCUAUUUUGUCUUUCUGUGGAUGUGUAAAAUGUGUUUGUGACAGGAAGCUGGAAAAGCGAUGCUGGUGAGCUGCACUGCUGGAUCUGCCGGCACUGUGCGUGGCUGAUCAGGAAGGUUAAAUUUUGUUAAUUUGCUUUCUGUUCAGGUUUCAUUUUUUACGGUGUGCCACCACAUUAGCUUUCUCCAGGCUUUACUGUUGCUACCUGGCUGUCACUGUAUCAGAUGUCUUCUUGUAGGGGAAGGAUGAAAGAAGAAUGGGAGUGUUAAUCUUGGUCAGUGAUGUACGAGAAACUGGCUAAUAUUAAAGGAGACUUUAUUUAACUGGGAAGGGCUUGGCUUGGCAGUUCAGCACUGAGAUAGUGAAGGUAAGAAAUAAAGUAAUCAAAUUUGCACUGCUUCUGGUAGUAUAUUUACACCAGUUUCUCAUUCUUCUUUCUUUCCCCUAAAAAGAAGCAAAACAAAAUCCCAGCAGCAAUGGAAGACCUUCCCCUGUUGUUUGAAUCUUAACAACCUUCCUAUGAGAAAAAUAAUAAAUGUUUACUAUUUAUAA